AGCAAGAACAGUUCCCUCUGAGAUAGAAUUAAGUACAAUACGAUCUCGAAUGCAAAAUGAUAUGAAAAAUAUUAGCAACUCAGGAAUAUCAGUUACAAAUUUACUUGCAGAAUCCGAAUCUCGUAAUUCUGAACUUGAAAAACUUAAAAACAUUGAAGAACAAAUUGCAGCAGAAGCACAGAUAUUACAAUUUGAGUAUAAUCAGAUGCAAUCUAGCAUUCCUCUACUUUCAGAUUUUGAUAAACUAAAGCAAGAUUUUAUAGAAAAAACACAAAAAAUUCAAGAAGAUAUUGAUAUGUUUAAUAGAUCUGAAAAAAUAUAUGAUUCAUUUUUGGAAGGUAUCGCGGAAGAAAUUAAAUCAAUAACUACAAAACUUUCGGGAAAUAAAAACUAUAAAUAUAUCUAUUCAAUGAAAAAAAGAUUGAAACAUUUGACAGAAUCUAAUUACACUUACAAACAAGGUUGA